UGCUUCGCCCGGGCGCUGCUCUCUUGGUGGGAGUUGUCUGCGCGCUGAGUCCGGCCUCUUCGGGGGGUUGUGGAGGGAAGGCAAAGCCGAGGGAGGCCUUGCAAAGCCGGCGGGGCAGGCCUGGUGGCUGGAGGAAAGGCGGGAGCUCUACUAGGAGAAGCCCAGCCAUGGCUUCCAUAUUGGACCAGUAUGUGGACUCGCUUUCCCACUCGGCCUCCUCGCCGCAGAGCCGCGCCAGCCUUGGAAUCCCGCACUCCGGUUACGUGAACGCUCGCAUGGAAAAGGAGACACCCAUUUUCAACAAACAGAGGAUUGAUUUCACCCCUCCUGAGAAGAUUAACAGCCUGGUUGUCUCCUCCAACCAACUGUGUAUGAGUCUUGGGAAAGACAUACUUUUUAGACUUGACUUGGCCAAGGCAGAUGAGCCCAACCAGGUAGAGCUUGGACGGAAAGAUGAAGCCAAAGUUCAUAAGCUAUUUUUAGACCACACAGGUUCUCACCUUAUUAUUGCCCUGAAUACCAGCGAAUGCCUCUAUUUGAGCCGAAGUGCUCAGAAGGUGCGCAUCCUGUCCCGCUGGAAAGGUCAUUUGAUUGAAAGUAUCGGCUGGAACAAGUUCUUUGGCACGGAGAUGAACACAGGCCCCAUUUUGGUUGGGACCUCCCAAGGCCAUAUUUACGAGGCUGAAAUUUCAGUCAGUGAAGGCAGUCUCUUUGGCACUAAUCCUGACCAAUACUUCCGCCUCAUUUAUAACCUGGAGGAGGAAGCGGGACCUGCCCCUGUCUGUUGCCUUGAGAUUGAACGGGGCAUUGAUGGGAAAUGUUUCAUCAUUGCCACCACUCGUAAAAGGCUUUUCCAGUUUGUUGGCAAGAUCCCAGAAGGAUCAGAGCAGCAGGCCUUUGGUGCCAUAUUUGGCAUGCCCGCAGAUCACUUGCCUGGCUUCCGAGAGUUUCCAGCCAGUCUUGGCUACAGUGAAAUAGCCUUCUAUACUCCAAAGCUUCGUUCCUCUCCUAGUGCUUUUGCUUGGAUGAUGGGAAAUGGUGUCCUGUAUGGAUCACUGGACUAUGGACGUCUUGACUCUAUUCUGAGUGAUGAGCAGGUCUGGGAAUAUCCUUCUGAUGUGGAUGCAGUAGCCAAUAAGCCUAUCUCCAUAGUGCUCACUCAGUUCCACUUUCUGCUGCUGUUUCCUGACCAUGUGAAGGCCGUCUGCACUCUGAAUGGACAGGUUGUCUUCCAGGACAUGUUCUUGGAAAAGUUUGGCUCUCUGAAGCGUAUGAUCAAAGAUCCCUCAUUUGGGCAGAUCUGGAUUCACACUGAAAAAGUGGUGUUUCGGUACAAUGUCCAGCGAGAGUCCCGCGAUGUGUGGAAGAUGUAUAUGAAUGUGAAUAAGUUUGACCUGGCAAAAGAGUAUUGCAAGGAUCGCCCUGAGUGCCUAGAUACUGUGUUGGCAAAGGAGGCAGAAUACUGUUUCCAGAACAGGAGAUACCUGGACAGUGCAAAAUGUUAUGCGUUGACCCAGAAUUACUUUGAGGAGAUUGCCCUUAAGUUUAUUGAAGCCCAGCAAGAAGAGGCAUUGAUGGAAUUCCUAAUUAAAAAACUAGCUAAUCUCAAGCAGUCAGAAAAAACUCAGACUACCUUGCUGACCACUUGGCUAACAGAGCUGUACCUAAAUCGCCUGGGCAUGCUAGAAGGAGAUGCCUCCAAACGGGACCUCUAUGAGAAGACUCGCGACAAGUUCCGCAGCUUCUUGAGCAGCCCCAAAAACAAAGAAUGCCUGUUUAACAACCGAGCAACCAUUCAUGAGCUGUUGGCAAGCCACGGGGACACAGAACAUAUGGUGUACUUUGCUGUCAUAAUGCAGGACUACGAGCGGGUGAUAGCCCACUACUGUCAGCAUGAGAAUUACAACGAAGCACUCGAAGUCCUCUCCAAAAUCAAGGAUGAGAAUCUCUUCUACAAGUUUUCUCCUGUUUUGAUUCACCACAUCCCCAAGAAGGUUGUAGAUGCUUGGAUUGAAAUGGGCAAGAAACUGGAUGCGAAGAACCUCAUCCCUGCCCUGGUCAAUUACAGUCAGAGUGGGAGCACACAGCAGGUCAACGAAGCCAUUCGCUACAUGGAGUUCUGUGUGAGCGAGCUGAAGGAAACUCAGCAAGCCAUUCACAAUUAUCUGUUGUCACUCUAUGCUUUGUGUCGCCCUGACUCGCUGUUAUCAUACCUGGAACAAGCUGGAACAUAUGCCGACAACAUCCACUACGACCUGAAAUAUGCACUUCGUCUCUGUGCAGAACAUGGCCACCACCGUGCCUGUGUCCAUGUGUACAAAGUUAUGGAGAUGUAUGAGGAAGCUGUGGAUCUAGCUUUGCAGGUUGAUGUUGAUAUGGCAAAGUCCUGCGCAGACCUCCCUGAUGAGGAUGAAGAGCUGAGAAAGAAGCUCUGGCUGAAGAUUGCACGACAUGUGGUCCAGGAAGAGAAGGAUGUCAAGAAGGCUAUGGCCUGCCUUUCUAGCUGUGAACUGCUAAAGAUUGAAGACGUCCUGCCUUUCUUCCCAGACUUUGUCACCAUUGAUCACUUCAAGGAAGCUAUCUGCAACUCUCUUGAAGCCUACAACAAGCACAUAGAAGAACUGAAGACGGAGAUGGAGGAAGCAACCCAGAGCGCCAAGAGGAUCAGGGAGGACAUUCAGGAGAUGCGGAACAAAUAUGGCUCCGUGGAACCCCAGGAGAAAUGUGCAGCCUGUGACUUUCCACUUCUAAACCGUCCCUUUUAUCUCUUUCUCUGUGGCCACAUGUUCCAUUAUGAUUGCCUUCUCCAGGUAGUUUAUCCAAAUUUGCCUGCCUAUAAGCAGGUUAAGUUGGAGGACCUUCAAAAGAAGCUUUCAGCUACAAGCCAACCAUCCAAACCCCACCAUCGUCCUAAGGAUACAGAUGCGAUUGGUCAAGGAAAGGGCCAGCCGAGUCGGGAACAGAUGAAAGCUGACAUCGAUGAUAUUGUGGCUGCUGAAUGUGUUUACUGUGGGGAACUAAUGAUCCGGUCAAUUGACAAGCCUUUCAUUGAUCCGCAGAGGUAUGAGGAAGAGAUGCAGAGCUGGUUGUAGGGUCAACAGGUUUCUGACUGAACAGGAGUGUCAAAAGGUCUCACAUAAGAGUGGGCAGCUGACUUCCAAGUAUUUGAAACUUGGAUUCUCCAGAGGUUUGCAGCAGUAUUACACAAGUCUCAUUCUCUGAGUCAGCUCUGUGGAAUGCUUGUUAUGCAAAGCACUCCAGCUGCUGGAUUUGUGGAGAUGCUUCCUCUAUAUAAAUGUCGAAUGGACUUUUCGCUUAUUGAAUGAGAACUAAAAAUGAUGGCUAGUGUUAACAUCUGGGUAAUUCCCCUGUUUCUGUGAAGAACUAGGCAAUGGUGGAAAUGUCCCAUUGUAUUACACACACAAAAGAGAUUCAAAUGUGAAGUUUCUCUUUGUUGUAAGUGAAUAAAAGUGCACAAAUUCUUAAAAGCAAGUAAAUGUGCACAAACCCUUUUUCAGAA